UCCGUUAGCAUCCUGAGCUAACGGACUGGUUGGGGAACACGGUGUGGAGGUAGGCGACCUGCGCACUGUAGGCAGAGAGAUAUCGGCGACUUCAAAUACCUCCAGCUAAUCCUUGAGCCAACCAUUAUCCCUCCAUGCUGUGCGGGAAAGAAAGAUAACGGUAAUAACCCCGCACUGCCACCUCAAUUAGCCACCGUUUAAGGAAGAUAAGGGAAACUGCGCCCUGCGUGAAGAGUCUCCCUGUCAGGAGUAAUUUUUUAUUCUAGCAUUCAGAUUCAGCUUCAACCUCGACCAACGUUACUCCUACAAGAAUGAGGUUGCCUAGUCACAGACAGUGUGCGGUGGAAGGAGAUGGGAAGAAAAUGGACCAAGCUCCUCCGGUCAGAAACCCUUUUGUGCACGUCUUGAAAUUCACCCCUCUGGAGAAAGCAAAGAUUGCGUUAAUGACAGUCACACUGUUCCCCAUCCGCCUGCUCAUAGCUGCAUUUAUGAUGCUACUAGCUUGGCCUUUUGCCUUCAUGGCCUCAGUAGGACGCUCAGAGACCACCGUUGAAUCCCAGUGCCUGUGGAGGAGACUGGUGGACAUAAUACUGAAGAUCAUCAUGCGGGUCAUGUGGUUUGCUGGGGGUUUCCAUUGGAUGACGGUAAAAGGACGAAGAGCAUUACCAGCAGAAGCACCCAUCCUCACCCUGGCACCUCACUCUUCGUACUUUGACGCCAUCCCAGUCACGAUGACGAUGGCCUCAAUAGUCAUGAAGGCUGAGAGCAAGGAUAUACCUCUCUGGGGCACCUUGAUAAAGUACAUCAGGCCGGUGUUUGUAUCUCGGUCAGACCAGGACUCCAGAAAGAAGACUGUGGAGGAGAUCAAACGUAGAGCGCACUCUGGAGGGGAAUGGCCUCAGAUUAUGAUUUUUCCUGAGGGAACAUGCACCAAUAGAUCCUGCCUAAUCACCUUUAAACCAGGGGCCUUCAUUCCAGCUGUACCCGUGCAACCUGUGGUGAUACGGUACCCUAACAAACUGGACACAAUCACAUGGACGUGGCAAGGGCCUGGAGCGUUUGAAAUCUUGUGGCUGACACUCUGCCAGCUGCACAAUGAGUUUGUGAUUGAGUUCCUUCCUAUCUACACACCAUCAGAGGAAGAGAAAAAGAAUCCAGCUCUUUUUGCCAUCAAUGUGAGACGUGUCAUGGCACAAGCCCUGGGGGUACCUAUCACAGACUAUUCAUUUGAGGACUGCCAGCUGGCCAUGGCAGAAGGCCAGCUGAGACUGCCAGUCGACACCUGUCUGCUGGAGUAUGCCAAGCUCGUCAGGAGACUGGGGUUGAAACCCAAUAACACAGAGAAGGUCCUGCAGGAGUAUGGGAACAGAGCCAGGAAGCUGGAGGGGCAGAAGCUGGGCUUGGAUGACUUUGCUCAGUUUCUUGACGUGCCAGUUUCAGACAUGCUGAGAGACUUGUUUACUCUUUUUGAUGAGCAUGAAGAUAACUGCAUGGAUAUCAGAGAAUAUGUGAUAGCCUUAUCUGUUGUAUGCAGACCUGCCAAAACUCUGGAAACAAUGAAACUGGCCUUCAAGAUGUUUGAGGCAGAAGAGGAUGGCGCCAUCACAGAGAUGGAGUUGGCAGUUAUCCUGAAGACAGCAUUAGGAGUGUCAAGCCUCAACGUGUCACAUCUGUUUACUGCCAUUGAUGCUGAAGAUUCAGGAAAGAUCACCUUUGACAAGUUCAGAAGCUUUGUGGAGCAGCACCCAGACUUUUCUGAAGAGUACCUGCACACAGAAAAUGAAGGCCUCCACAGCAGCCCCUGCCAAGGCCAUCAAACAGCACCCAGCCCGUCUUCCCCAAACCUGCAAGGCACUGCCACAGCUAAAAUAGCAAACGGUUUCUGCCCUGACUUCAGCCCGAAUGACCAUGGCACAACAGACGGACUCCACAAGAAACACAACUAAAAGGGUUCAAACAUUUUAGCGGCAGAAAAUGAACACCUCUCCUGGUGAGAGGGUGCUGAGUGAGUAGGUAGUUACUUCUCCAUGAGUAACUUGUUGAAAUAGUAAGGGACUACAUUUCAGUAACCACAAAUAUGAAGUUUACCUGACCCUUUUAUAUUCCUAUGUGUUUCCAUGAAAGUUAUUUUCAGCCUGGUAUCUGCUAAUUUUUAUUUUUUCAUAGCAAAAAUCGUCAAAAUGCCAAAACAAUGGCUCUUUUAGAUAAAACGCUUGAAUACUUGAAGGGCAAGCACUUACAGAAGUUCCUGGGGCAAAAGUUUAUUUUAUUUUUCCCCUCUAACAUAGUGCUAACUGCAUGUUUUUAACAUGGGAGAAGCAAGCGAACCACAAGCCCUUGAUGGAAAAGUUUUAGCAAAAUCAGUAUUUGAAUAUUUUAUUUGUGACUUUUAUCUAUUUCCUCUCUUUAAUGGUAGCUGCCUUUUUAGCUGAAAGUGCAGAGUGCAUGGGCUCAUGUUAUUUUGAGCAGUAUUGAAGAUUAUUCAUAUAAAGAAGGAAGACCUAAGGGUACCGAUGACGACUGUGUCUACUUUUUACUAGCCACAUUUGAGGUGAACCCAGGUCUCUUUGGUUUGAUGGUUAUAAAUGCUAUGAGCCUGUUUUUUAUAUAUAUAUAUAUAUAUAUAUAUAUAUAUAUAUAUAUAUCUAUAUAUAUAUACAGUGAUAUAUUUGAUUUAGCUCAGGGUUCAGUGACAAAAAUGAAAUAUUAAAACUUGUAUGAUGUCAUCAUUUUUGGCGCUCACUGGGUUACGCGCAUGUCUCUGUUUUCUCAGUACUCUUCUCCCCAUUCCUUCCUUAUUCACAUUCAUCAAUGUCAUUCUUUCAGGUUAGCUUAUUCAAGUGUCUUUUUAAUUCUUCAAAUUACACAAUGUGGACCAAAAAUGCAUUAGGUGGUUUAAUGUCACCUGUCAUCUUUUUUAUUUCAGUCAGUGUGAUGGCCGUAAGGGGAGUCUCACAAUGUGUGACCAAUGAAGCACGUUCAGGAAAGGUCAUAUUACUCCCCUUUCUGCCUUACACUGCCUUUCUUUGAUCAUUCCUGUCUUUUCCACAGCGUAGUAUCUAUCAGCCUACUGUGUCAGGAUGUGUUAAAGGAUAGGGAGAUCAGACAUGGGCCCUUUUUUCAUAAAAAUUUGACCUUCUUGUUAUUUUUGAUGUGCUUGGGUGAAACUGUGUGCUGCUUUAACUCACUAACAGUGAACCAGGUACUUGUGAGUCCAAUCAAAUUGUUUUGGGCUAGUCUGAAAUUGGAAACAUUUGACUGCAGUGGUAUUAUCUCCAGUUUUUCUUAGUGUUUAAUUGGCACAACCAAAUUAAUCCUUAAAAUCAUAAAAUCCAGUCUCAAAGUGGCCAAUCGUGCAGCUGGACAUGAGUUUUAGUGACCUUUAUAUAACAGUUUUUAUAGAUUUAUUACCUCAAUUAAUGAGAGGAUUUUGACACAUUAUGGCACAUUUUUAAAUUUGUCCAGAAGUCUAAUUUUAAUCCAAGAAACUUCCUCUAAAAUUACUAUCACUUUCUGAAUGUGUUGAUAAAUAGGCUAUGUUGCAUACGAAGAUGCUCAUUUUAAUCAUUUGCUAACUUAUUACCUGAUAUUUAUUAGAGAUGGGCAGAUCUGAUACAUCAGUACCAAUACCCGAUAUGAAUUCUAUUAUUUUUUUUAAAUAAUAAUUAAUAUUUUUAGUGUUUAUGGUGGUAUUAGGUAAUAUGUAAUAAACUUGAAACAGUAUUUCUUGUUUAAAAACCAAAAAAAAAAUUUUGAAUGAAUUAAAAUUAAUAUUGUUUCCAACAAACUUAUUUAAACGUAAUGCUGGCCUCUCAUUUAACAGGAAGCAGCAACAAAUGUCAUGUUUUAGAAUUAAUAUUUGAAAACUUCAUUACACUGAAAAACAUAGACAACCAACAGCACCACAGUGCUCCCCAAGGAAACUAAAUAUUUAAAAUAAAAGUGUAUUAGUGUUAAAAAAGAAGAAAUAGAUAGUAUAAAUGAAUAUCUACCCAACAAAAAACUUCGUAAAACCAAAAAAAAAAAAAUCAUUCAACUAAACAGGAUCUAUCUAGGGACUGUUGCAACCGGAACCAACAAAUGUUAAGUUUUCAAACUAAAAAUUGACAUUAAAGUGCAAGCUGCUACUUAAAACACUUUUUCCUGAUGUGAAAUAGAUAGAUAAACAGACUUGCACUUGUGUAGCGCUUUUCUCGUAAUCCGACUAAUCAAAGUGCUUUUACACUGCAGGUCACACCCACCCAUUCACUCCCUUUCACUGUGGCCGUUCACAAUAAAAGCACUCCAGGCAAACAACUGUGAAGGAUUUGUAGGAAGUGCUAUAGUUAUUAUUUAUUUAACUCCGCGGCGACCACCUUCCUUACAGUUACCCUAUUUAUAGUGGCAUCCCUGCCACAGCCUGCUUCUUUGAAUCAUCAUGGACUUCAAACAAAGUAUUCAUGCUGCUGAACUUUUAAUUUUUAUUCAUUUAAAAUAUUUUUUGGGUUUUUAAACAAGAAAUACUGUUUCAAGUAUGAAACACUGCUAAACAGUUGUUUAAACUAUUGUAAUACAAGUUGCUGCAGCUCUUUUUAAAGCCACAGACAGGUUGAAAGAGUGUGAUCUCUUCAAGUUGCUGUUAUUACAGACAUUAGCCUUAGAGAGGAGCAUUACGGUGUUUCACAUUACAAACAGGAACAUGAACGGGUGAGGUUUGGGUUGUUAUCUGACUGCUCUUUAGUGUCAGCGUGAGAAAUGAUGAGUGGACUCCAAGCUGCUGUCCCUUACAUAGCUACUAUGCUAACAGCAGCAUUACUACCACGUGGUGGACCCACAAAAACAAUGUAAUUUGGAUUGGUGACAUGGAUUAGCAUCAUCAGUCUUAUGUCUGAUAUAAAGAUAGCAUAAUUAUCUGCCCUAAAAUGAUACUGGAUUGGAUCCAGCCCAUCUCUAAUUUUUAUCUUUGUCUCUUUGUAAAGAAGACAUAAUGACAUAAAACUUGAGAUCAGAAUGACACAGUGAACAUAUUUUGGCGUAACUACACUCCAAAUGUACCGUACUGUACAUGAUGUCAUUUUUGGGGAAAAUCAGUGUUUAAAGGGAAUUCUUCUCUGCAGAUUAAGUGAAAUGCAUCAGAAUCUGUCUGUAGCCAGUUAAAAGUUGGGAUCUGUGCAUUCAUGUAUUGUUUUUGUUUUUUUUUUUGUUUAUGGCUUUCAACCUCAGUCAGUUCAUAUUUUUCUUUGUUUUAUAAUUCCCGGUUCAUCGUGUCGGUGAUCCUGACAUUCCCACCACAUUUCAUGACCAUGCAUACUGCACGUGUGUCUGCGUUACGGCUUUCAGUGAAGCAAUAUUUCACAUCUCUUAAGCCUUCUCAAGAUGUAUGCUUUUGAAGAGUUCUGAUAUGUAUUUUGAAUAUUCCAAAUGCAGGACAUUUUGUGAAUUUUUGAUAUACGUAUAUGAAUGAUUUUUAUUUUCACUGCCAUGACAAAGAUCUGUGAUCUUCUCUCCUCAGCAGAUUGUAUUAACGGUGAAAAAUGAGCCACAUUUGUUUUCCUUUGUAUAAUACUGCGAUUGUUUUGUGUUGUAUUCCUCCUACACAGUGUAAAGUUUUAUUGUUGUUAUAUUAUUACUGUUACCGCUGAGAUGACUGCUUAGAAACAAAAUGCAGAUUUCUUAUGGAAACCGAUAGCCUUGAAUCUAUAGAAUUUUUAUGCUAAAAAAACGAGAAUGUAUAGACAAUCUUGUCACAGUCAGAAGCUACUCAAAGCGCUGAUCUCUAGUGGACAUUUUCCGAAGAAAUCAUGGUUUUAAAUGUACACUUUUUACCCUAUUUGAAUCCUCUCUCCAUUGACUUUUUUAUGUUUUAUGUUGAAGUCGUGCAGGUUGAAAUAGGCAGCAUACAAGUGAAAGGUGUGUCAGGCCCUGAGGUGAAAUCUCGCACUGCAUGACGGGCCACAUCACACAAACACUGCAGACUGCACACACAUAAAAAUGAAUACAAUGAUUUCAAAUCUUUUCCCCUUUAUUCCUUUUUUUAAAUUAUACAUAUGUGUGCUUGCACUUUAGAUCAUUUUCUUUAUUUUUAAAGAAAUAUCACAUUGCUGUUUAAAGUUACUAGGUAGCAUUUUUCUGUUAUGAAUCAUUUUUUUCAUUAAUAUAUUUGCUGCAAACUGGGAGAACAUUAGGGAUCACAUGUUAGAGAAAUUUGUACCUCACAUAAAACAGAGUUUACUCAGUUUAAACCACUUUUACGACUUACUUUUAGCUUUUCUCAGGAUUGUGGAUUAUUGCUCGGAAUGAAUUUGUGGUACUUGGCAUCAACAAUUGAUAUGACUAACCAAGAUCUGUUUGUACCCUGGCAUAGACAAGUGUUAAAUAUACUCUUAAGUGAUGUGAUGUUAAAGUAGAUUGUAAUGGUAUAAUACAUUCUGUUUGGAUGAGGGAAAGGACACUUUUUAUUGAUUAAGAAUCUUAAUUUCAAUCAAAAAUGACAAAGAAUUGGUUCUGAGACCCUGAAUGAAAAACAAGGGGCCAACCCUUUUUGUGUUUGUAAUUAUUUUAAACAAACAUGUUCAUUUAAACGUCAUAGGGAUGUUCUCAUAUUUCAGAGGCAAGAUAAAUAUGCAUUUUUCAACAUAUUCAAUCUUCAGAACAAUCUCACAUUGUAGCUGUAAGAACAAUCUGGGUCCUUGUUUUUCCACACCUGUUUCCCUUUAUCCAAAACACCUCUGAAGAGGUGUGUCUCAUUUUUAUACUUGCUGUCAAUUGGGGGAAAUGUAAAUCUGCAAGAGUUAAACUUGUAUAUUUAUGCUACUGCUGCCUGCUUACCACAGUUUGUCCAGCAGUGAGCCUAAGACGAAAGACUUGUGUACUCUAAUAGAGCGAUAUUGUCUUUCUGAUGGCUUACUGUCUGUGGACCAAGAAACUGAACUCUGUUUUCUCUGUAGCUUUACUUCCUGUCUUUUUCUAUGCUAAACAGGUUUUAUUUUAAUAAUGCAUUUUGAUGAUGAAGAGUCAUUACUGCAAGCUACUUUGAAUUUGUCUGUUCAGGACUGCUAUGAUAUAACUUGUUAAUGUGACUCUUGGAUUGAAUUAAAAAAAGAAACGAUUACA